AUGCCAGCGCAGCAGAAGAAGCUCCUCUUCUGCACCGCCGGGGUGCUGAGCUUGGCCUGCGCGCUGGGGACGGCGGCGGCCGUGGGCAGCCAGCUCUGGGUGAGGGGCACGGUCCUGUGCAGCACUGGAGCGCUGCUCGUCAACGCCAGCGGCGCGGAGCUGCACAAGUUCAUCGGCGACAUCCAGUACGGGCUCUUCUCCGGGCAGCGUGUGCGGCAGUGCGGGCUCGGGGGGCGACCCUUCCAGUUCUCAUUUUUUCCAGAUUUGCUCAGAAUCAUCCCUGCGAGUAUCCACGUUAGUGUCAUUCUCUUCUGCACGGUACUGAUCAUAUUUGCCCUGGUGGGAGCAGGGUUCUUCAUGCUCAACGCUUUUGGCAGCCCCUACGAGACGCUGCACGGCCCCGUGGGGCUGUACCUCUGGAGCUUCAUCUCCUGGAUUGCUGAGGUGACCAGCAUCUCCCCCUCCCUUCCAGGUUCCUGUGGCUGCCUCAUCAUGAUCCUCUUCUCCUCAGAGGUGAAGAUCCACCACCUGUCAGAGAAGAUUGCCAAUUUCAAAGAGGGAACUUUUACAUUCAAGACUCACAGUGAACAGUUUGCGAAUUCCUUCUGGACCAUCCUGGUUUGCUCCCUGGUGCACUUCCUCAAUGCCCUGCUAAUCCGAUUUGCUGGAUUUGAAUUUCCCUUUUCAAAAUCAAAAGAGUCAGGGACAAUCACAGGAGCGGUUGACCUGAUGUAUUAAAAUGAUGGGAUUUAAGAAUG